AUGGGUCGUUCGCGUCAACCAGGCCACCGCCAGCGCGGGGCUGGCACCGUAAGCGUGUCUAAAGGAGACGCCGUACGUCAAGGUAUACUAUGUAAGGAAUGGCAGCGCACGCCCAUGCAGCUACUACAAGACUUUUGCCAGUCCAAAAAGCGUCGAAACGCUGUCUACACGCGAGCGAAAAGCAAGGACGCAGCCAAAUUUCGAAUGCGCUGCGUUUUACCGGAUGCAAAAGACAGUAGCAAAGAUUUAAACUUUCGCCCGGAGCAAGAAUUUGAUACACAGGAUGAUGCGAAACACUGUGCUGCUUUAUUGGCGCUGAAACACGUUGAACCUUUGCAACCUUAUGAGAGGAAGCUACCGGAUCCGUAUCGAGACUUGUGGCUGGCAUUAAGCUCGCAAACGACUUUGAAAGAAAACGGAAACGCUAAAGGGGCGGCAAUUGCAGUGAAAAGAGAGGAACAACCGGUAAGAUUGGAGAAGAAAAUGACGACAGUGGAUUCGGAAGACGUGGAUUUAUGGGGUGAAGCCACUGAAGAAAAAAAGUUAGCGAAGAAAGCGAACGACAAGAAAAUUAUCUUGACGAUGGACAGAAAAUUUGCUUCUUAUAAGGAAUUUGAGACUGCGAAACAAGCACAGACUCAAGAAAAGAAUAGAAAACAGCGGUCGAGAGAGAAUCGAGAAAGAGCAAACAUGCCAAAGCAAGUCAUGAUGAGUGCACAGUGCCGAGAAAUGAUCGAAAAUGUACUGAAAAAUAUGGGUGAAUUACCGAAGACUAGCAGAAACAAAGAAUUACAUGAAGAUACUGUUGAACAAAGGAAUUUUUUUAGAGAGAUGGCAACAAAAAAAUUGAAAGCGAUUGGUUUCACCUCGAUGCAGAUUCAAAGUGCGAUGCAAAACUUGUGUGACUUGGGUUUAGAUGGAAGAAGUACUGAAGAUGUACGCAUGAUUGCUAUCUUUGAUUGGCUUUGUUUGAACGUCCCUGAAGGCGAGUUGCCGAAAAAGUUUAAUCCAGAGGGUACGCAGCUCGAUGUGGUGCUAUCAACGUCGGAUAUACCCCGCACAUCUGUGUUAGUGCAGCGAUUGAUGAAGUUUGGUUAUGACCGUCGCGAUGCUGUGGCUGUUGCAAGUGAGUUUUUACAGGAAAACGCGUGCAUGUGCGAAGAAGAAGUUAAGACGCCGUCAAUGUUAACGCUAUUUACAUUGUUAUCGAAGCUAUUCCCCUAUGUGAAAAGAUACUUUAGCUUGAAGGAGGUAGACACAGUAAUUGAGAUGAGUGACGCGUUACUGGAACACCGCCAAAAUGAGAUCUUUGCGCUUGAGACAAUUUAUGAGGAGAAACUUCGAAUAACGCCGCUUGACGAUAAUUCAAGCUCCCAGUUGCUUGAAUUCGAGAUGACAGACGCGCUUCGGCUGUAUAUUUUCUUGUCAGGCCCAUCUAAGUAUCCAUUCGAGUUGCCGCUCGUCGCUUUGACGUCAAAAGAACCUCAACAUCAACCACAUUUACUUGCUGCAUGUGGUGAAGCACUAAAAAAAUGCGUUUCCACGAUAGGUGAGCCCAUGAUCUACGACAUAUACGUUGCAAUUGAUACGUACAUGCACGACCAAAUAGGAUUAACGAUCAGUCCGGCCAGAAUACAACUCAUACGUACUAAUGUGAUUGAAGAUGAGACUUCUGCGGAGCCUUUGCAAGCUGAACAAGACAGGUCAAAAUCACGUAAAUUCAAGCGUGGGCAUGAUAGAAAUGACAAGCGAAAGGCACAUUCUUCCAGUUCAAAGUGUCUUGAUGUGGAAGCUACGCGUCGAAUCAGUGAGAAACUCUUACAGCUAAGAAAAGAUAAAGACAGUCAACAAUCUUAUCAGCAGAUGCUAGCUGCUCGAGCAAAACUUCCUGCUAGCAAGGAAGAAAGUCAAGUGAUCAAGUGUGUUAAAGAGAAUCAAGUGGUGCUUAUUUGUGGAGCUACUGGCUGUGGUAAAACGACACAGAUUCCACAGUAUAUUUUGGAUGAGUACAUCAAUCGUGGGGCGGGUGGUGAGUGCAACAUUGUCUGCACACAGCCACGUCGUAUUGCUGCAAUAGGAGUGGCCACGCGUGUGGCACAGGAACGAUGUGAAAAUAUUGCAGACGUUGUUGGAUACCAGAUUCGUAUGGAAGCGAAAAAGUCUGUGAAUACGCGACUGUUGUUCUGUACGACUGGUGUUCUCCUGCGACGUUUGCUGAACGACCGGCAGCUGUCAGGCGUGUCGCACGUGAUUGUUGAUGAAGUUCAUGAACGCAAUGUAGAUACAGAUUUUUUGUUGUCCAUUCUUCGAGAAUUGUUGCCCCAACGCCCCGAAUUGCGCCUUAUUCUCAUGAGUGCUACUAUGGACUCUAACCUUUUCGUCAAGUACUUUACAUCAACGCCAAGUUCGCCGUGCCCCGUGCUGGAAAUUCCUGGCUUUACAUAUCCAGUCGAACUUAAAUUCUUAGGGGACAUUCUUGAGCAAACGCAGUACAAAGUGCCAAAUUGUUUGUUAAAAGCUCACAAGAAACAAGACGAUAAAGGGAAUACGAUGGAGCUCCAGUCACUGACCAAAAUGACAUAUGAGGAGAUCGCAACGCGCGUGGACGAUAGCAAAAUAGAUUUUGAUCUGAUCGUUCAUUUAGUGCGUUACCUUUGUUCUCAGAAGUCAGAAAGCAAAGUUGAUGAUGGUGCAAUUCUUAUCUUCAUGCCAGGAACUGCUGAAAUCAAGCGAGUUAUUGAGAUGCUCACGCAUGGAAACAAUGGGUUUUCAUCUAAGGUCUGGGCUUUGCCUUUGCACGGCUCACUUUCAGGAGCAGAUCAGGCGAUGGUCUUCAGAUCUGCUCCGCCUGGCAAGACAAAAGUAAUUGUGAGUACGAAUAUCGCUGAAACUUCAAUCACUAUCAAUGAUAUCACAGCCGUCAUUGACUGCGGAAAGGUAAAGGAAAUGGUGUACGAUAGUCGUGCUCGACGCUCGCAAUUGUUAGACUGUUGGGCAUCUCGUGCUGCAUGCGACCAGCGGAAAGGACGAGCAGGGCGUGUGCAGGCUGGCACCUGCUAUCGAUUGUUUUCAACUAAGCGUUUUGCCUCCAUGGACGCUCAAUUGUCUGCCGAAAUUCAUCGCGUCUCGUUAGAGCAGCUCUGUUUGCAAAUAAAAAAGCUCGAACUUGGCUCGAUUAAGGGCUUUCUUGCCAAUGCGAUCGAACCGCCUAAUAACGACUCGAUUGAUUCAGCGAUACGAGAACUGGUCGAUAUUGCUGCGUUUGAAAUGGUAGGGAAAAAUCUCAAGAAUGAAAGCAAUAACGAUUUACAAGUCGUGUUGACACCGUUGGGCAAGCACUUAGCAAUGUUGCCACUGGAUGCUCGUAUUGGCAAGUUUCUUGUAUACGGAUCAAUUCUCCGUUGUGUUGAGCCUGUCGCGAUCAUUGCUUCCUGUAUUUCGAGCCGAAAUCCGUUUGUGAUGAGUACAUCUGAUCCCCAAAUACGUGUGAACCAAAAUGCAUUAAAGAAGGAGCUGGGAGGAAGUUGGAAGAGUGAUCACUUGUUGCUAUGGAAGUUGGUAGAGCGCUACGCGCCUUUACGUGGACAGAAGAUGAAGCGAGAUUUCUGUCGCGAAGCUGGGCUUUCGUAUGACACUAUGGAGUCAAUUGUUGAAUUAAAACAUCAAUAUCUACAGCAAUUAGAUAACAUCGGAUUCUAUGAAUCCUCUCGUGCUGUUCUUUACAAUGCAAAUGCAAACGCGCCUCGCAUGAUCAAAGCAGCACUUUGUGCGGGUCUGUACGCAAACGUCGUACAAGUUGUAUACCCGGAACAAAAGUACUUUCAAGCUGCACACGGUGUCGUUGAAGAGGAUCACAAUGCUAAACAGAUCAGAUAUUAUGUACGAUCAGUUACGGAGGCUAAUCAGCGCGAGCGUGUGUUCUUGCAUCCAUCGUCGUGCAACUUUAGUCAAAACAAUUACGAUUCACCUUGGCUUUUGUACACCGAGUUGGUACAAACAUCGAAGAUUUUUGUACGUGAAUGUACGAUGGUCAAUACGUACGCCUUGUUAUUGUUUGGAGGCCACUUAGAAGUGACUCACGAGAAAAAUCUGCUGACGCUGGAUGGUUGGAUUCACUUUAACGCUGUGGCUCGUAUUGGUGUCCUCAUAAAGAAGAUUCGUCAACAUUUGGAUCGCCUCUUGUUAGAUAAAAUUGCUAAUCCAAGUAUUGAGAUUGCACAGAGUGAAUUGGUAACUGCCAUUAGUCACUUGCUCACGAGUGAAGGAAUGUACGCGGCGUAG